CCCCCCYAACUUUAAAAGUCUAGCUCCGCCACUGGGUAGAGACUGACCUUCAACCCAGAUGGGACAAUCCAAGUUUUUCCAGUCAAGAAACAUGGCCUCAGACUUAAAGGAGCUGAUUCUCAACACACUUUGAAGCAAACCGCUACAGGGUAUGUUGGAGGUCAUGACCUGAAGAAGCCAACAGAACCACGCGCAUCAUCUGUGAAAAGCAAAGAUGACUCCCAGGCACCCUCAUCUCCAGGCUAAGCCUUGAAUUUAUUUCCAUGAACAUCACUAACAGGACUGGUGACAAGGGACAGCACCUAUGGAUGCACUUGAAUCAGGUUCCACUUUGUGCUAAGAAUGCAGACACAACUCUUGCUUUGAGCAUAUAGGAUUGGCUAAUCCUUAAACACCAUCCAGUUAUCCCAUACUCCCAAAGAAGCUCUCAUAAAAUGUCUUAGGGCUGUAACUCUUUCUCCAGAUCCUUAAAACACACGUAGACCAGACUCCUAUGACCCCCUCAGUAAUGCUGUAAGGAUAAAUAUUUGGUCAAUCUAGACGACUUUUGACAAUUAUCAUUGUCACUGAUGGAGAACUUAAAGUAUCUCAUCUAAUUUGAAGCAGUUUUUAAUUACUUGGACUUCUUAUCCUAUGGAUAUCCUAUUUUUUUCCCUUUUUAAAACCUAUGAAUAUUUUUGGAGUGCUGGUUAUCCCCGUUUCAUUUUAUGUCCAUAACAAAUGCCAUGAUUGAGUGUUUAGGAAGUCUUCAACUCACUCCUGUGGGAAUGUGUUUCCUAUGUUUAGUGGAAGGUUGGGAAUGGGGAGUCCAGGUAAACCACAUUUGGGAUCUUCUUUGCAAAUCCAUUUUCCAGUGACUGUGGACAAAAACGACAUUGUUGCCUGUGACAACCAGUGAAGUAGAAAGAGUACAAGUAGAAAGGGGUUGAAGGCUCUGGAUGUCAUGGCUGACCCGCCUCUUCAGUACUGCAUUAACUAUAGAUUAUUUGGCAUUCUUGGUUGUCUGUCUGAGUCUAUUGUUUGACAGUUCAGAUUAGAUUGGACUGACUAUAAAUCCAACUAUAAGAUGCCAUUGUGCUGGACACAUUUGAUUAAUUUAACUACAGUUUGGACUGAAUUUGAUUCAAGUUGAAUAUAGCCUUCUGUAGAUUCAACUUGCAUUGCGAAGGAAGUUGUUGUGAAUUAGCAUCACGUAAAUUUCAUUGAACAGGAUUUUCUACAGGAUCACCUUUUUUUUUGUCUAAAUGUUUUAAGAGUCUGCAAUCUGACCCAAUCAUAUCUGCCCAUUUACUGCCAGGCAAAACAGCCUUGUAGCCACCGGUUAGCACUGACACAGAUGAAAAGUCCCACUUCUCCAGCUGUCUUUACUGGGACUCUCUCUGUCAAAUUUGAAAUGCCUCAUUAAUUUGUCAAGCAUGAUAAGUUGAACCGCCUUCUCCUUGACACAUGCACAGUUCCCUCCACCCUCCAGCCCUCACUCACUGAUGUUUGCUGUGUGUCCGUAAACAAGCAGAAAGGAGGAAUAAGGGCACAGACAAAGGAAGAGGGAGGAAGGGACUCUUAUGCCCGUGCUUGGAUGCUGGGAACUUCCAAAACCCAGGGAAGUUAUUCCAUCCCUCCUUCAAGCUGAAGACAUCUAGAGGUCUGGAGUUUAUCCAUGAUGCAGUCCCACCUCACGCUGUUGCUGGUGCUUGUGGCCUCUGCAUCUUCAGAGGAAUGGAAGCCGAUAAUCAGAGUCAAUUCCAAGGUGGUGACGGGCCCCGAGGUGGUGGUUAGGGCCGGGAGGCCUUUGGAUCUGAGGUGUGAAGGCAACGGACCUGUGAACUGGCAACCCAGGCUGCCCAAACACAGGCGUUAUGUAUCCAGGGGCAACGGGAACGUCCGCGUCUUCAAGGUGGAACGCUCCUCGGCAGAAUUCACUGGAACGUACAAGUGCUUCUACACUGCUAAACCCAGUUUCAAUACUUUGACCUCCUCACUGCAUGUGUAUGUGAAAGACCCACAGCGAGUGUUUUGGACAAGCAGCACAACUCUGCGUGUGGUGAGGAAGGAGGGGGAUAACUUCCGACUGCCCUGCCUGCUAACAGACCCCUCAGCCACCGAUCUGGGCCUCCGCAUGGACAACGGCACCACUGUGCCACCCGGAAUGAACUUCACUGUGGACAGGCACCGUGGCAUCCUCAUCCACAGCCUCCACCCGAGCUUCAACGCUGACUACGUGUGCACCGCCAAGGUCAAUGGAGUGGAAAGAACCUCCAAGGCGUUUUCCAUCAACGUCAUUCAGAAGCUUCGCUUCCCUCCGUAUGUCUUCUUGGAGACAGAUGAAUAUGUACGGAUAGUUGGGGAAGAAAUUAAGAUUCGCUGCACAACACACAAUCCAAACUUCAACUACAACGUCACAUGGAAAUACACCACCAAAUCGAACCCAACAAUAGAAGAGACAGUUCGCUCAAAUGGAGAAAAUCGUCUAGACAUCCAGAGCAUCCUGACAAUCUCUGCCGUGGACCUUGCAGACACUGGAAACAUCUCCUGCAUCGGAACUAACGAAGCCGGAGUGAACAGUACAACUACGUACCUGCUGGUCGUGGAUAAGCCCUACAUCAGGCUGCUGCCCCAGCUCUCACCAACACUGACCCUCAAGGGUCUCUCUGUUGUGGUGAAAGAGGGAGAAGACCUGGAGCUCAGCUUGCUCAUUGAAGCCUACCCUCAAAUAACCGAGCAAGGAUGGCUGACUCCGACACCGCCCAACACAUCCACACAGGAGCACAAGUUCAUCCGAUACAACAACAGAUACGUCGCAACUCUGCAGCUGAAGAGGAUGAACAUACAGGAGCAAGGACAAUACACUUUCUAUGCAAAGAGUGACUUGACCAAUGCAUCCAUCUCAUUUCAAGUCCAAAUGUAUCAGAGACCUAAUGCAGUCGUCAGAUGGGAAAAUGUAACUACUCUGUCUUGUACCUCGUUUGGCUAUCCGGCUCCGAGGAUCAUCUGGUAUCAGUGUCCGGGGAUACGACCCACGUGUAAUGAAAAUACGUCAGGGUUGCAGCUGGCCAUCCCUCUCCAGGCUCCCACUGUGGAAGUCCAGAGGGAAGAGUACGGAGCUGUGGAGGUGGAGAGCAUCCUUACGGUUGGACUGUCCAGCCAGAGAAUGACGGUGGAGUGCGUAGCCUUCAACCUCGUUGGUGUGAGCCGAGACACGCUCGCCAUGGAGGUGUCUGACAAGCUCUUUACUACAACCCUGAGUGGAGCUGCAGGAAUUCUAGCAAUCCUCCUGGUGCUGCUGGCCAUUCUGCUUUACAAAUACAAGCAGAAACCCCGCUACGAAAUCCGUUGGAAGAUCAUAGAAGCGAGGGAUGGCAACAAUUACACUUUCAUCGACCCCACACAGCUGCCAUACAAUGAGAAGUGGGAGUUCCCAAGAGACAAGCUAAAACUAGGAAAGAUUUUGGGUGCGGGUGCAUUUGGAAAAGUUGUUGAAGCAACGGCUUACGGUCUGGGGAAGGAGGACAAUGUCAUGCGUGUGGCUGUGAAAAUGUUAAAAGCCAGUGCCCAUUCAGAUGAGAGGGAGGCUCUAAUGUCUGAGCUGAAGAUCCUAAGUCACCUGGGGCAUCACAAACACAUAGUCAAUCUGCUUGGGGCCUGCACUUAUGGAGGACCAGUGCUUGUGAUCACUGAGUACUGCAGCCUCGGUGACCUGCUGAACUUCCUUCGCCAGAAAGCAGAGACUUUUGUGAACUUCGUCAUGAACAUUCCCGAGAUCGGCGAGAGCUCGAGCGAUUACAAAAACAUUUGCAUUCAGAAGCAGUUCAUCAGAAGUGACAGCGGGAUCUCAAGCUUCGCCUCAAGCAGCUACUUGGAGAUGAGACCCAGUCAGCUGCCAAAUACAGAACAAUCUCGAGAGUCGGACUGCGAGGAGACUGGCGACUGGCCACUGGACAUUGACGACCUGCUGAGAUUCUCCCUUCAAGUCGCGCAGGGCCUUGACUUUCUUGCUGCUAAAAAUUGUAUCCACAGAGACGUUGCUGCCAGGAACGUCCUCCUGACCAGCCGCAGAGAGGCAAAGAUUUGUGACUUUGGCUUGGCCCGAGACAUCAUGAAUGACUCCAACUAUGUUGUGAAGGGCAACGCCCGUCUGCCUGUGAAGUGGAUGGCCCCAGAGAGCAUCUUUGACUGUGUCUACACUGUGCAGAGUGACGUUUGGUCCUACGGCAUCCUCUUAUGGGAGAUUUUCUCUUUAGGCCAGAGUCCAUAUCCCAGCAUAGCUGUGGACACCAGGUUCUAUAAGAUGGUGAAGCGCGGCUAUCAGAUGUCCCAGCCUGACUUUGCUCCACUUGAUAUGUACGCCAUCAUGAAAAUGUGCUGGAACCUGGAACCCACAAAGCGUCCGACCUUUAGCAAAAUCGGACAAAUGAUAGAAAAGCUAUUGGGGGGCCAACUGGAGGAGGAGCAGGUAAUCUACCAGAAUAUGCAGCAGGAGGUCACAGAGGCUGAUGCGUAUGACAAGCCUAAGUGUCACGAUGGCCCCUGUGACCAGUCUUGUGACCACGAAGAAGAGGAGCAGCCUCUGAUGAAGACAAACAACUAUCAGUUUUGUUGAAAGAGUCCCAAACAAUACAUUUGUAAAACAGAACAUUAAAAAAAUAAUAAUAUAAUGAUAAAAAAUAAAUAAACUGCUGCAGUUCAAGGCUGAGUCGGGUUUUUUUUUUUUUGCGGCACUGCAGACUGUUACCCUCUCAGCUAUUUUUUGCUCCGCUGUGCCUGUUCGCCAGACAGACGACCGGCUGCAGCGAAGCAUGUGACUCGCUUCUGUGCAGACCAUGACUAGAAACGGCCAAUUCCAACCUCGACUGCAAGACACGAAGGGAGGAAUCAUGUCAACAAGCAUGCAAGCUCUCCAGAGCUGUUAUUAUACUGAAAACAUCGCCACUGGUGGACUGUUCAUCAGUCUUUCGUCUUGCAUAACGUGUUUAUUUUAGCGGUUAUCUGCCGUACAUCGUCUUUAUUACAUUGUUUACUGUAACGAGGUGACAGUCUUGUUUUCGUGGAGGUUGAAAUCAGCAGGAUCGCUUCCCUUUUUAAUGGUUUUAUUGCCAGCACGUGCAAUAUGAGCUUGCAUGUACAGCACGCGCAAUAAUAACUGCAAACACUGGACUAAAACRGCUUGAUUUAUGAUUUUCUCAAAGUUAGUCRGUUUUUUUUCUUCUCACUCUUUUAGGUGAAAGUUCGAAAACAUGUUCCUUCCAUAUUCUGUACAUGGUAAAGCAACUGAAAUGAGAAGGCAAAAGAAUGACCAUGUUGUUUUCUCGGUGCCUCGGUCAUGGCUCGUUUUCUUACGACACACUUGCAAUGCUCGUCAGUGGUUAGUAACAUGUGAUUGUUCUGCUUCACUUUAAUUAAUUUAGCGGUGUUCAGCGUAGUUUAGGAGCAGAAAGAAUCUGUGGAUCUAUUCUGGGCCUUUCAUGUCUGCCAAUGUGAACUUCUUGUUAUCGUUUUUUGUUUUUAUGUACAUUUUGUACGUGACAACUGGAUCUUUUCAUUCCCCGGCAUUAAUGAUUGUUUCACUAAUGUCUAUAUGUAGCAGUCAGCCUACACUGCCAACUGUAUGAUGAUUUUUAGAAUGAUUUAUAAGCUAUGUGAGCGAUACAGACGGAAAAUUUGUGCGAUGUCAGGCAUUUUGUACGUGUUCGCGUCGGAGUGAGGUGUCUCAUAGUGUAUAUGUCUGAGACAAACUCAAGUUAUCUUUAAUUUCACUGGAACGUUGUAGAUUGUAGCAUGUCGGUAUUUCAGUGUGUUUUUUUUUUUUUUGUUUGUUUAAAUCAGUGCAGAUGCAGUUGUUGAAUAAAAUCUUACCAAUAAAAGUCUAGCUUCCACUUCGGUGUUGGUAAAACUCGGAAGAA